GUGAAGUUGCGAUCCGCCAAUAAAACAGAAGAAGAAAAAGGUGGUGUUGCUCUCUAUAGCGUUCGUCCUGGAUAAAGAAGCACUGGGUUGUGAAAUAACUAUGGUAAAAUUGGACAAUUUCGUUGUUUUUUAUUUCUGAGUGAAGGACGCUGUUAGGCGAGAUGAUGCAGAGGGCUUUCAGACUGACAGCGAGAGUGUCUGCUGUGGUUCAGAGCUGUCAGUAUCCAGCCCUCCAUUCCUGCAGAACACUGCACUCAAACCCUGCGCUGUGGGCAGGACACAACAAAUGGUCCAAAGUGAAGGACAUUAAGAUACCUAAAGAUGCGGCUCGAGCCCGGAUGAUUGCAAAGUACACCAUGAUGAUAAGGAUUGCAGUCCGAGAGGGCGGACCCAAUCCAGAAUUUAAUAUUGCACUGGCACAACUUUUAGAGCAGUGUCGGAACAAAAAUCUACCCAAAGCCACUGUAGAGGGAGCUAUAAAAGGAGCCAAGUCAAAGCCAGGUGCACAGUAUCUUUAUGAGGCUAGAGGGCCUGGAGGCUGCACAUUACUUAUUGAGGUUUUGACUGACAACAACACACGAUCACAUCAAGAAAUAAAACGUAUCAUGAUGAAACAUGGGGGGACACUGUGUGAAGGAGCACAGCGUAACUUUGUAAGGAAAGGUGUUGUAUCAGCAUCCAGAGAUGGGAUCUCCUCUGAGAAUGCUCUAGAACUGGCCAUUGAGGCAGGAGCUGAAGAUGUGCAAGAGUCCGAGGAUGAGGAGGAGAGACCCACAUUACAGUUUAUCUGUGAUAUGGCAUCGAUGAAGGCUGUGCGGAGUGCUCUUGAAAAUCUGGGAGUUCACACACUUUCAGCUGGUUUGGAAUUUGUUUCUCAUAGUCCAUCGCUCUUAACUCGGAGUCAGCUCGAGACAGCAUCCACCCUGCUGGAGGCACUCAAUGACUGCCCUGAUGUGGUGCGAGUAUGGGAUAAUAUCCAGGCACAGAACUUGGGUUAGAACUAAUCGAUUGACAACUGGAAGGACAAACAGAAAAGGACUGAUUACACAGUAGAUUUAUGUGCUUUAAGAGCAAAGCAGGAUCGUGAUAAAAUGGAUCUGCUGAAAUUCAUUUGGAUUUUAAAUUGAUUUUUUUGUGAUGGUAAAUGCUUGAUUGACAUGCCUUAUUGCACCCUGACGAUACAUCAUAAUGCCAAUAAAGAGUUAAUACAAUUCAUGUUAGUCAUACUUGUCAAAAUGAGUGGAGAUCAAACCUUUGAAUCUUAAAAAGCAUUUUGAACAUUGUCAUUAUGAACUUCUUUUAUUAAAUUAUGUUAGCAUGCACAAAUUCUGGCUGGAAGUCUAUGGCAGUCCUAUGAACUGUACAUAGGAAAAUUAUUACAUUUGGCACACUGAUAGGAGUGUGUAUGAAGAGCCCCCAGACAAAAUUUGAGGUCUCUAGCACAAACUCUAUAGCUGAGGUGCCCAAACUUGAUGGCAGUGGGCAGAAAGUAAACAUAUAUAUAAAUAUAUAUAUAUGUAUAUGUAUGCUGGUUUGGGAGGAUUACUUUUGAAAUGUAUUUCACUACAGAUUACAGAAUACAUGCUGUAAAAUGUAAUUUGUAAUGUAUUUUGUUAGAUUACCCGAGGUCAGUAACGUAUUCUAAAUACUUUGGAUUACUUCUUCAGCACUGGUAGAUUUUUUUUUACUUGUUUUGACUAUAAAAACUCUGCCAGUAUAGUAAGACAAAAUACACGUUAAAAAUACAUUCUCUGAAAAACCUAAAUAUCUUAUGCAGUGUUGUUUCUAAAACAAGAUCAAUCAAAUUGAUCUUGUUUUAAGGAUUUUUAGAUAUUUUUAUAGGAAAACAAUGCAAAAAUUAUCAAGAAUACGAUUUUUGCCCUAAUAUCAAAGGUCUUACUAGAAAAAAAAUUGAAAUUAUGAUCCAAUGAGAAUUUUCUUGAUAUAAAAUAUGAUCGUGCCUGGUAACAUGUGCAUGUAAAAUGGCUAGAAAUAGCAUUUUAGCUCAGUGUAAAUCUGACAAUUUACACAAGGUUUAUUUCUAUUUCUUCUGCUCAAAACUUACAUUCAUACGAACAGACAGAGAAGUAACACAUCAUGAGAAAGUGUUUCACCGCUGUUCAAAUGCACUUUGGAUCGCAUCAUUUAUAUGUAUAAAUGUUUUCCAUCUGAAAGGACUAAAUAUUAAAUGAAACAAAUGACAAUAAAAUGCAAAGUAAUCUCUUCAGUAAUCAAAAUACUUUUUGAAUGUAACUAUUCUAAAUACCAAUGAUUUAAAUUGUA